GUAUGGCAGUCUUAUCUUGCCAAUUAUUCAUUGACGUUGAAUAAAGAUUAUAUUAUUCAUGGUUACACUUUAAAAUUACAUUUCAAGAAUAAAAUUUAUUUGUUAUUGAGUCAGUAGUUUAUCAAAAUCGAUACAAUAUAGUUAAAUGGCUUCAUCUCGUAUUCAGGCAACUGCGCGGCAUUUAUCAAAAACGUAUAAGAGAAAAAGUAGAUUUGAAGUUGGUAUAGCAUCAGAAUUACCUCAGGCUUACAAAAAAUUUUGGCAUGAAUGGAAAGUUCUAAAGCCAGCUGCGGUUCACUUUAUUCCUCAAGAAGGGAAGUGGAAACGGGACGAGCUCACUGGAGAAACAUUACCAAUUCAAAACAUACCUUUACCACUGAAAUAUCCAGCAGAAAUUCAUGAUGGUAUAUGGGGUGGUGAAGCUGUUCUAAAAGGUUUUCAAAAACGUGAUCCAUUACGUCGCCGUGUUCCACAUUACUGGGUGCCAGUCUUGAAGAGAACUGUGGUAAAGUCAGAGGUGCUAAACACCCACCUCUCUGUCACUGUCACUGAUAGGACAAUUAGGUUAAUCCAUGACCAUUAUGGGUUUGAUCAUUACUUGCUCAAAACACCUGCCUGUGACUUAGUGUCCAUGCUUGCUUUGAAAUUAAAAAAGCAAAUACUUACUGAGCUUAUGAAUGGAUGUCCAAGAUAUGCAUAUGAUGAGCAGAAACAGAAAGAAAUUUAUGACGAAUAUAAGACAUACUUGUCAUCUUAUACACCUGAAGAAAUUGAAUGGUAUGGUUUAACCUGGUAUGAGGCUUUAAACAAAAUGGCUAAACAAAAGGAAGCAGCCAAUAAACCAAUUCCUUUAAAAAAUGUCUAUAGAAAGAACCUUGUUGAAAAACUUAAAGCAGCAGGCAUUGAAGGGAACAAGGCCUCUGCUGAUGAAAUAUCAAAUACUACAUCAUGGCUAGCCAAAAUGAAUCCAUUUGGUAAAAAAGAUGAAGCUUAGUAACCAAUGUAGAGACAAAUUAUGUAAAAUUGUUGUUUUAGACUUGAUGUAAUAUUUAAAGUAGAUAGAGGAGUUGUUUCAAUA